AUGCAAGCAACAAGUGACCAAGUAUAUAAAAAAAAAAUUUACUCAUAGCCACCUUUUGUGUCCUUAGAAAACUAUGACAAUAUAGAUUCAAUCAGAAGCAAGUUCCCUCCCUUAGCAAAUAUCAAUAUUGAUCACAAUUUUAAUAAUUUAAAGGACUGCAGAUUCUUUAUUAUAAGAACCCAAGGAGAAGAUAAUGUUCAUCGAGCCAUGAAAUAUGGUAUUUGGACUAGCUCCUCUCGCAAAAACGAAAGAUUAGACGAGGCAUUCAAGAAUAAAUAGGAAGAUGUUUAUUUAUUCUUUACAGAAAUAAAUAGUAUGUGUUUUAGUGGGAUGGCUAAAUUAACAUCUGAAUUUAAUGCAAAAGCCCAUUUUAAAUAUUGGUUAAUUGAGAAUAAAUGGUUCGGGACAUUUCAGAUUCAAUGGCUUUAUGUCAAAGAUAUACCAUUUAAACUAUUUGAUGAAAUUAAAUAAAUCUAAAAACUAGAAGGCAGUGAAGAAACUUUAAAAUCUGUCUAUGAUCUCAUAGAUUGCACUGAACUGACAGUAGAUAAUGGCAUUAAAAUGACAAAAAUCUUCCAAGCAGAAAAAACUAAUAAAAGUUUAUUCGAAGAAUUUCCUCAAUUAGAUAAAUUGGAAUUUGAAAGCAGAUAAGAGAGAACAAAUAAUAUACGAUUUGAGAAAAAGUUUUAGGAAUUGUCGUAAGUCUUUGAAACUUUACCAUUCUCUUUUUCAGUUGCCUCAUAUGAAAGGAAAAAAACAAACAGAAAAGCUUAAGGCCCUUAUUACUAGUCUCAAUACGGUCAAUAAUAUUAUUAUUAAUAACCUUAUCAAUAAUAUUAUUAGUAGCCAUUUGUUGGGUAUUAAUUCUAAUAAACUCCCUAAUAUUGGUAAUUUAAUAAUGGAUUUUAUUAAAAUCAAUAUUAAUAGAACCAAUACACCAAUAACAAUAGUAACAAAUAAGGGUUCACAAAGCCCUAAUAAUCAUAUGAGAAAUAUCAACAUUAAUAAAAUAAUUAUUCUAACUAAUAAUAGUAAUCAAAUACGAUCUCCCAAUAAACUCAAUAAAACACAAAUUAAGAAGGUAAUUAGGAUGUUUAGAGUGUUCCUUUGGAAUAAAGAUUUUAAAUAAAUAGUUAAUAAUUGCAAAAAAGAGGAAAAUUUGAUAAAAUUAGAAACAAGAACAAUAAAGACAAUGUGUAAUAUGUAGAAAAAAAUUCAACAGAAGCUCAUGUAUAAAAAUAUUGA